CCUUUUUCCAUCUGCACUCAAGUACAGUAGACUAGAGCAAAGAAGAGGCCUGUGCGAAAGUGAGGGUCAUUCGUAAACUAACGGGGAGAUUUGGUAGUGCUGUAACAAUGUUUCACAUUUUGUGAAAACAUUUAGAACAGAGUGAGGAUCACUUUUAUUGUCAAAGUUGAAGAAAUUCUUGCAGGCAUGAAGGACCUAACGCGUAAAGGAUCGGGAAUACUACCAUGAAAACAUUUUGGAAGGGAAAAUAAAGUUCCUACUUCGAGAGAAACCAAGCUUCAAAUGAUAGAACUUAACGAAAAUAAAACAAUGACAGUGAUUAUUCUGAUCGAUUAAGAACUAGUAAAGAAAUCUGUAAAUGAGCAACUUUGUGCCGUGUUAUUUCACGUGGAAAUAAAUUAAAUAUAUAGGUUAGCCAGUCUGCUAAUAGUUCCCGGUGGUCUAUUGACGAAGACGGAUGCAGACAGCGGCAGGCGAUGCCCAUGCUACAAUGCGUUCGCAUUUAAGGUUUCACUUAAAGAUAUUGAGGGGUUAACGUUUGUUUUAUUUUCUCGUAACAUUUCACCAUACUUAAAAGUAUCUGUAUAACAUGCGUUGUUUCAUAAACGUCCCCGUAAUGGUUUUAAAGAAGAAUAUGUUUACAGUCAUCUCAGACUUCUCUCUGGACAUAUUUUUUACAUCAAUAGCUGGAAAAACUAAAGAAACCGAAUAAGCGAAUUCAGAUAUACACUGGAAUAGUCGAUCUAUUUUCUUCCUUUAAUGGAUUGAAUAUUUGUUCUCGUUGUGGAACGCCCUUGGACGGACAUUGAAAGCUAAUACGAAGUCGUUCCAAAAUACAGAGUUUGUCUAUUUGGUAAAAAUGGUAGUUGGAUAAAAUCCGUGGGGAAAACAACGGAAGCCCAAUGAGCAGCACACAGUCAACACUCACUGACAGGUUUCCCAAAAAAGCACCCAGGACCCCUCACAUUCUCAGCAAAGACCACCCCCCAGACAAGAAACCCAAGAGUGACAAAAACACAUUCUUACCUGUGCAUGAGUUUGACCCAACAGGGCUUGUCCAGCGUUGUGUUAUCAUCCAGAAAGAUGAGAAUGGCUUCGGGCUGACAGUGAGCGGAGACAACCCUGUGUUUGUGCAGUUGGUCAAAGAGGAUGGCGCAGCCAUGCGAGCAGGUGUCCAAACGGGUGAUAGGAUCAUUAAGGUUAACGGGACUUUAGUAACACAUUCAAACCAUGUAGAAGUUGUCAAGCUCAUAAAAUCGGGCUCCUAUGUGGCCCUCACAGUGCUGGGCAGGCCACCUGGGCUGCCCCAGAUCACCUUGUCUGAAGGUGAGGGAGGAGACCCGGGCAGCCUGUCCUCAUCCCUGUCCUCAUCCCUAUCCUCACCCCAGUCUCCUGGUCCAACGGGAGGACCAGGGGAGCGCUGCUCCACCUCCACCAGCCCCCUGGACCUCAUCACCUCUCCGGUGCUCUGGGAGGAGAAACACUCUGUACACAGCCAGAAGGUGGACAUCUUACAGAAGAUGCUGACCAAGGAGCAGCAGGACUUACAGGCUAUGAAGGAGGAGUACAGCAGGAACCCCAGAGCCAAACUACUGAAGGACAUCCAGGAGGCCAAGAAACACAUCCCUCUUCUGCAGGGUCAGCUCAGCAAGGCAACAGGCACACCUCAGGAUGGCUCCCUCUCCCCACGGGACUUUGAGGAGGAGGAGGGGGGCGUCGGGGCCGCUGAUGGGGAGCUAAGUCCUUUCUCAAGGGGAGAGAGCAGCAGCAGCGAUGGGCCCUGGAACAAUAACACUGGGUCUCCCAUCUCCCUCCCUGAGAGUCCUGGUCAAAGAGAGUACCCUUGCAACAGCCCAAAGACCACACCCCGAGACAGCCUCAACUCCUGCCCCUCACCUGACACCGAGGACAUGCCAGACAUGGACUGUAACUUCCAGUCCAGUCUGGGCAGCCCCUUCUCUCGCCUCAAACCCCAGAUCAUCGGAGCAGAGGACGACUACUUUGACACUGAGCAGGAACAGUCUCUUUCUGCCCCCCAGGUGAACGGUCAGUGUAGCUGUUUCCAGAGUGUAGAGAUUCUCAAGUCUCGACCUGCUCACCUGGCAGCCUUCCUCCAUCACGUGGUCUCUCAGUUCGACCCUGCCCCUCUGCUGUGCUACCUCUACGCUGACCUCUACAAGCAGACCAACUCCAAAGAGACCCGACGGAUCUUCAUGGAUUUCCAUGCUUUCUUCAUGGACCGGGCAGCGAACCUGAGAGUAGCUGUCCCAGAGUUCAUUGCCUCUGAACUAGAGCGGAGAAGACCUGAGCUGAUCCCAGAGGAGCUACACAGACAGUAUACACAGCUGUUGCAGGAAACACUGCUACCAGACAUCCAGAAGAACCUGGAGGACUUCAGGCAGAAGCGCAGCAUGGGUUUGACCCUGGCAGAGGGCGAGUUGGCCAAGCUGGACGUGGAGAGGGUGAGAGAUCGCGUGGCCAUGGAGAGAGAACGCUCCUGUGCUGAACACAUCAUCUCCAAGAUAGAGGAGGUUCUGAUGACAUCACAGCCCACAGAAGAGGAGAAGUGCACCACUAUGCAGUAUGUUAUUCUCACCUACAUGAAGCACCUUGGAGUCAAAGUGAAGGAACCCCGUGGCUUAGAGCCCAAACGAGUCCGCAUCAACUUCCUCCCCAAGAUCAAGAAGAGCAAACCUGAGAAAGAGGGUGAGGAGAAGGUGAAGAAGCCUCGUUUUCACGGCAUCCUGGGCCCUCCUCGGCGGCCUAGCCGUGUGGACUCCACUUCCAUCUCUAAAGCCAUGGAGAUGAACAAGCAGCGGGGCCCCCAGAAGCAGAUCUCCCAGCCCGCCCUUAGCGUUCCAGAGCACCCAGAGCCCACGGUGGGUGGCGUCCGUGCUCGCGGCAGCCAAUCCAGUGAUCCAGGCUCAGACCUGGCUGCCCACCCCUCAGCCUACAUGGCCUCACCCCCUAACAGUGCCCCGGUCAUCCAGGGACCGGACCCCACAGGACGCGACUCUGACCCGGGUCUCACUCCCUGCUCUGCCCUGCCCAGGCUGAGUACAGACGGGCUCUACUUGGGUGACGGCCAGGAAGGGAUGGCCCAACCAACCGUUACGCACUUUGACUUUAGCCCCUGCACACUUGACCAAUUACAAGAGGAGGAGCGUGAGAGUGACAGGGCUCAAGAGGGAGUCACGCCCAAACCAGCCCGGAGGAUGGACGGGCUAGGCGCUGUGGAUGUGCAGAGUGAGGAUGACCAGGGGAAUGAGAUCGAGUGCGAGCAGGACCCUCCCAACUGGCAGACGCUGGUCAGCCAAGAGGUCCUGGCAGGUCUGACACCACAGGAGAUCAAGAGACAGGAAGUCAUCAACGAGCUGUUCUACACAGAGCGUGCUCACCUCAGGAUGUUGAAGGUGCUGGAUAACGUGUUCUACCAGAAACUGACCCGAGACAGCAUUCUGCCUCCUGGAGACAUUAAAAACAUCUUCACUAACCUAGAGGAGAUUGUUCAGCUACACGUGUCAAUAACAGAACAGAUGACAGCGAUUAGGAAGAAGAAUGAGACGUCAGUGAUAGACCUCAUAGGAGACGAUCUACUAGUUUGGUUUAGUGAUGGUGAGGAGGAGAAGAUUAAGCUGGCAGUGGGCACCUUCUGCAGUAACCAGCCCUUCGCCUUAGAACUCAUUAAAACUCGUCAAAAGAAAGACCAGCGCUUCACAUCCUUUAUGCAGGAGGCUGAGAGUAACCGUCUGUGUCGCAGACUGCAGCUUAAGGACAUCAUUCCAGUGGAGAUGCAGAGGCUGACCAAGUAUCCACUACUGCUGGAGAGCAUUGCCAAGUACACAGAGGAUGAAGAGGAAAGGGACAAGGUUAAAAGGGCUGGGGAAUGCUGCAGGAAUAUCCUCAACUAUGUCAACCAGGCAGUGAAAGAGGCGGAGAACAAACAGAGGUUAGAGGACUACCAGAGACGCCUGGACCUGUCCUCACUUAAACAGAGCGAAAACCCCAUGAUCUCAGAGUUCAAGAACCUUGACCUGACGAAGAGGAAGAUGGUGCAUGAAGGACCUCUGUCUUGGAAAGUUAACAAAGACAAGACAAUUGAGCUGUACACACUGCUCCUAGAGGACAUCCUGGUGUUGCUGCAGAAGCAAGACGAGCGUUUGGUCCUCAAAUGCCAUAGCAAGAAUCUGGCGGGCACGGCCGACACUAAGCACAUCUUUAGCCCUAUCAUAAAGCUUAACACGGUGCUGGUGCGCUCGGUGGCCACUGACAACAAGUCCUUCUUCGUGCUGUCUAUGUCCGACAAUGGAGCCCAGAUUUAUGAGCUGAUGGCCCAGACCGUGUCUGAACAAAGAACGUGGCAGUGUCUGAUAACACAAAGGGCAGAAAACAUGAAAACGAAACGGCACAAUAUCAUACGUUUACCUCAAAAUGAUGCGGAGCAAGACUCAGUGGAGAUUAUGCCCAAACUGAGCACAGGAAGUAUCCAGUCCCCAGAAAAGGACCUUAUUACCUCACCGACUCUGCAACUCACAACCAAAUCCACAAACCCAUUUGAUGCAAGAAAAUCAGACAACGAGGAAGAAGAGGAGUCACCGCUACCAGUCGUAGGAAAAGAGGAGGAUGGGGAGGAGGAGGAGGAAGAAGUGGGAGAUAUAGACGAGGAGGAAGUUGAAGCAUUUCUGCAUGGAGAGCUGACAGACAGGCUGCCAUUCCUCAAGGAGAGGUCACGCCAGGGCAUCGCCAUCGAUGACCAGGAGCCUGACGACACCUUCGGCAUGCCCGCCUCCAGAGCCGAGGAGGCCCUAAGAACCUUGGCAGCCCUGAGGCACGUCCUUCUGAAUCACAUGACAAGCAGAGAAGGAAGGGACAAGCUUAAUGAGAAGGACAUAGAGAAGGAGCUGAGGAAGGGCCGGGCCCCUAGGGGCCGUGUGCUGAGGACCACAUCUCUGAGAGGCCCCGAGGACAACAGCAGCAGCACUUCGGGCCCAAUGAGCACCGCAUCAGACUUUAAUGGCCCUUCGGGAAACGGCGCUUCAGAGAGGACUGAGUCAGUAAGGGAGGAAAGGGCCCGGGUGUCCUCAGAGAGGAUCGAGGCCAUAAGGGAGGAGGGGGCUGGGAUGUCUACAGAAGUCUCAUCUGGGGAUACAGGUUUCUUCGAGACGUCUGAGGACUACGGCGGCUACAUGUUCCUGGAGGGCUACGGAGGCUCUGGGGAGAGCAGCACGGAUGACGACGGUCAGGCCAGUGGCGAGGGUGGCGGCGGGGGGGGGGACAAGUGGGGUUCAGACUCAGGCAUCGACCUGAAGAAGCUGCUGUCCUCAUCCUCGCAGUCUGGGGGUGCCGGCCCGAACCUCAGCCGUCAGGUCAUGACCCACAUCCGCCUCCUCCAGGCCAACCUGCAACACCUGAAGGACGUGGAGACAAAGUAUAAUGAACUGCGCCAAAGGCUGAGUGACACGGCUGCUGACACAGAAGAAAACAAAGAUAAGAGUUAGUGAUGUCAGAACUGCUUCCUCCCACCACAACAGUGACAAGGAGGAGGACAUCUGGUCACACCUCUCUGUCCUCUGUAUGCACCCCGUUCUACUCACCCUGACUUGGGUUGCUCACAGUGAAGACUGGAAUGAGCAAGCCCCAGCACUCCAACUCCACCCCCCAUCCCCACCCAGUGCUCCAACCCCACCCCCACAUCCCCACCCACCCAGCCCUC